UUCUUCAACAACAACAGGUAGUCAGACACCUUGGUAGCUUGCUCGCCAACAUAGCCGAAGCUUUCAAGCUCUGUAGACACUUUCGGUGUAUAUUUGCCACAGUGUUUUAAACCAUGAGUUCGCUAAACGACUCUGCUAAAGAGGGGGUCUGCUGGACGAAGAAAGAAACUCUGGGGCUGAACAUUGUCGUGAAAGAGGAGAAGGAAGAAGAGGAUGUCACAGUUAAGAAAGAAGCAGAGAUUGAGGCUGUUACAGUGAAAGAAGUUAAAUUGGCACAAGAUGAAGAAGCGUUCAGAGUGAAAGAAGAGGAGGAAGAGAAAGAGGAGAAAGAGGUGACUGUCACAGUGAAAGAAGAGGAAGACAUUUUUGGAAUGAAGGAAGUGGGGGAGAUUACUGUCACAUUGGAAGAGGAGGAGACAGGAGAUCUGAUUAACAACAGAGAAAGACCAGACUCUCACUCUGACAGUGGGAAGACUUCUUCAGGGAAACCAUACCCAGAGAUGCCCAAACCAGUGAGACAACACCACUGCUCCCAGUGUAAUAAGAGUUUUAAGUGGUUAUGGAAGCUGAAAGAGCAUGAUAGAACACACACAGGAGAAAAGCCCUUCCAAUGCUCCCAGUGUGGAAAAAGUUAUACCCAGUUAGUGAGCCUGAAAAGGCAUAAAGGAUUACACUCAGGAGAAAAGCCGUACCACUGCUCUCAGUGUGGAAAGAGUUUUACCCAGUUAGGGAACCUGAACAAACAUAAGAGAAUACACUCUGGAGAGAAGCCUUACCCUUGUUCCCAUUGUGGAAAGAACUUUAGGUUGUCCGAUAAUCUGAAGGAGCACGAGAGGACUCACACAGGAGAGAAACCUUACCAUUGCUCCGUGUGUGGAAAGGAUUUUACCAAGUUAGGGAACCUAAAAGAGCACGAGAGGAAACACACGGGAGAAAAGCCUUACCACUGCUCCCAGUGUGGAAAGAGAUUUUCAAGAUCAACAGACCUUAAAACGCACGAGAGGACGCACACAGAAGAAAAGCCUUACCACUGCUCCCAGUGUGGAAAGAGUUUUACUCACUUAGAUAGCCUGAACAUACAUAAGAUAAUACACUCUAAAGAGAAACCUUACCAUUGUUGCCAGUGUGGAAAGAGUUUUACCAAGCUAGGGAACCUGAAAAGGCAUGAGAACAUACACACACAGGGGAGGAUAAGCUCACAGUUUGGAGAGUUUUAGUUAGGGAACCUAAUUGUGGAAGACAUUUUCCCCAGACAGAAGACCUGACAGAAUAGACAGGCUGUGUUCUGACUGUUGUUUUAUGUCACAUUAAAUCAUAUUGUUUAUUUGAAAUCUUAAUAAAAAAUAGGCUUACUUUUGUUUGUUUUUUCCUCUGAAGACAUGAUCAUGUCUAAAAUCAGAUUACAAUUCAUUUAUUUUUAUUUUUUAUGGGUCCAUAAGCAACCAUUUUAAAUGUAAACACAUUAUCCAGCACAAAAUGGGUAUCAGCCAAUUAAAAUCAUUGAUUUACUUGCAGUUGACAGAACGCUAAAUUGUACAUGUAGAAAGGACCUCAUCAUGGAUGUGUGUCAAACAGAAACAAAAACAUUUUGUCAUACUGUAUAUGCAAAAACAUGACAAUGUUGUCUAACGUUAGUAGUCACUAGUAGUCUAGUCAAGGAAGCAUCAAUUUAAUAUUUGAACACAACAUUUUUGUUACAGACCAAUGGAACAAAAGUAAACCUUGAGGUUUAAAAUAUCCCUCUAGUGGCCAGGGUUGACCUAUUUUAAGAAAUUACAUUUGUUGGUGGAUAUAAAGUCUGUUAAGUCUUAAAUCUGCUGAUUAAUGAUUUGUUCCAGGUGAGGUUAGCAUUGGGCCAUUUAUCUGAUGAGACCAGCUACAAUUUAGUGUUCUGUCAUGUGCAAUUAAAUCAACCAUUUUAAUUGGCUGAUAUGCAUUUUGUGCCGGAAAAAUUGUUUUACAUUUAAACGGUUGCUUAUGUUCACAACUAUGGACUCAGUGUAUUUCUGGACUCUAACCUCAUGAAUUUAGUCUUUUGGUUUCAUUUAAUUAAUUUGUGUACUAGGACUCUAUUCAGUCUGUACAGCUGAAGCGUUACAGAUUCCGCUAUAGAUUCCCUGCAUAUGUCGGAUUGAGCCGACAUAUGCAGGGUUUACCUUGAAUGCAGUCUCCACUAAAGCGGUAACACUGCCUUUAAAUUUCAAUAACGCUGUAAAGCUGAACUUCCGCUAUGCGGAUUGAUUGUAGUUUCAACCCCGCAGCACACACAGCAAUUGAUUAAUGGACUGCUGAAUGUAUAUUUUUUUCUCUU